AUGAAGACUCAAGGACUACAUAAAUUGAAUAAUCUCCUCGAAACAGUUAAUAUGAGAAAUCAAGAGUUAUUGACACAAUUACAAUCAGACUAUAGAUCAAGAGAAACAUCACCUUCCAAACCUAAAAAUUUAUCAGCUUCAUAAAUAGAAAUACAAUAAUUGGCAGAAAAAAAUAAACAAUUAGUUGAAGAUGUAUAUAAAUUAUUGAUAUAUUUAAGCUCAACUUUUUAAAUUUAAGUUUUAAAGAAUUGAAAUUAGGCACAGAUGAAUUGAAUUCUAAAAAUUAAGCCCUUAAAAAACAUAUUAAGGAACUUUUAUCGACUCUUAAACAUAAAGAAGAUGAACUUAAAAAAGCUAGAGAGAAACAAAAAAGUGGAGAGUAAAUAGAAGAGAAUAAAAGUCAAGAAAAAUCUGUUAUUGAUUAUGCACUUUACAUGGAAAAAUAAUUCUAGACUUUGGAAGAUAAAGUUAAAAAGUAUAAAAAACUUUUAGAAAAGAAUGGAUAUGAUGAUUAAUUAGCAAAAAAAGUAUAGAUCUAAAUAAUCUAAGGUUGAAGAAUAAAAGAAGACUAUUUAAUAAUUAAAUUAAGAAAAAGAAUCAAUAAAAAAAGAAAAAGAAGAUAUUUAAAAUCAGAUCAAGAAUUAAAGAUCUGAUUUAGAACCUCAAUUAAAAUUUCUUUGUGAAAAAAUCCAAAAUGAUGAGCAACUACAUAUUUAAGAAAUUUAACUUAAGAAUAGUAUGAUUGAAAAGCUAAAUAAUUAAUUGAUAAAACUUAUGGACAAUCAAAAACUGUUGAACGAUUCAAAAUCACACAAUUAAUUUUUGUAAUCAAGAAUUAGUGAACAAGAAAAAAAAUACAAAGAUCUAGAUGAAUAGGCUAGACAUGUAAAUGGUGCGGCUCUCGAAUAUUCAAAAUAAAUUCAAUUAUUGAAUAAAGAAAUAUAAAAUUAUAAAUUGUAGUUAGCUUAACAAGAAGAAUAUAGUAAUAGAAUAAUUCUAUAAAAAUAAAAAGAAAUUAAUCAAAUUUAAUAAUAAUUGGAGUAAAAGCAUCUUGAAGAAACUUUAAAAAAAUAAUAAUAAAAUGAAUAGUAAUAUCGUUAAGUAAUAGAAUAAUUUAAUUAAUUAUAAAAUUAAAUUGCAGAGUUAGAGGAUUAAAAUAAUUACAUAAAACAAAAAUCAUUUAAAACCCUAAAAAAUUUAGUAUAAGAAUUAAAAAAAAUGAAGAUAGAAUUACAAAAUAUUAAAAUGAUGGGUCAUUAUGAUAUAUCGCAACUUAAUGAGUUAGAAUAAAUUUUAAUGAGCUCAUUAAAAUAAAAAACCUAACCAUCAUAAAACAUCUAAGAAUAUGAAUAAGAAAUAGUAUAAGAGUUAAGCUAAGAAUAAUCUUUUACAGAAAGAACUUAGGUUUAAUAGUUAUUUAAUCCUUAACAAUAAUAACUAAAUAAACAUCGUCAAUUUUUUAAGCAAGUGAUGGAUGGAGAAAAUAAUUUUCCAAUAAUAAAAUAACAAAUUGUAAAUUCUUUGGGAUUGCUGAAAUAAUAUUUACUAAAUACUAUUUAAUAAAUUCGCCUAAAAUCAAUAAAUAUUAUAAAUAAUUAGAAAGAGGAUUAUUCAUCUUAAAUUAAUAGUUUAGUUUAAGAAUUAAAUAAUGUUAAUCAUUAAUUAUUUGAAAUGUAACAAUAAAAUACUAGUUUAUAAGAACAAUUAUAAACAAAUCAGGAUGAACAUUAAUAUGAAAUGUAAAAACUAUAAGGAUUAAUUGAUAACUUAAACUAAACAAUUGAAAUUACAAAUUAAAACUUCGAAAAUACGAACUAAAAUUAAGCAAUAAUAGACCGUUAAUAAUAGCAAAUUUCUUUAUUAGAAUCUCAGUUAAUUCAAAUUCAAUAAUAAUGUAAAACAUAACAAUAAACUUUAAGUAUAGCAAUUGAACAAAACAAUAUAAAAGAAAUUGAAUUAAAUGAAAUCAAAUAAAAAUUAAAUUAAACCAAUUCUUCAUUAAAAUAAAAAGAAGAUGAUUUGAAAAUGUAAAAAUAAUUAGCCUAAACAAAAUCUACUAAAUAUGAUUAGGAAAAAUUACUAACCCAGAAACUUUAAUAAGAGACAGAAGCUCUCAAAACAUAAAAUAAAUAAAUAUAAUUAGAUUUAAAUAGAUAAAAAGAUUUAAAUAAACAAUAAUAGACAGAAUCAACAAAACUUAAAACAGAUAAUUAACUAUUAAAAUAAUAAUGUGAAACAUUAUAAUCUACAUAAUAAGAAUUAACUAAAAUAAAAUCAGAGUUUAGUAAGACAUUGCAAGAAAAAAACACCUUACAAGAAUAAUUUGAUGAGGCUAAGAAAAAUUAAGUAUCUAUAAAUGUCCUUAAUGAGAAAUUAUAGGAAGAGUAAUUAAUCAAUGAUAAACUUAAAAAAUAAAUAUUUGAAUAGUAAUUAGAUUUAGAAAGUUAGAAAGAAGAAUUAGAAAAUCUUGAUAAUGAUAAUAAAAGACUUAAAAGCUAAUUGAAGGAUCUGAACAAUGACUAUGAAAUUACUCUCUAAGAAAAUUAAAUGCUAUAAGAAUAAAUAAAUUCUAAAGAUUAAAAUUUAGCUUAAUUAUAAACAUAAUAAUAUGAUUAAAUUAAUUUAUUUUGCAGCCAAAAUAGUGAAUAAUAAUCAGACUUAAAAAAUAAAGAUUUACCUAAUUUGAAUGAAACAUAGUAAUCCUAAAAUUAUAAUCAAAAAUUGUUAUUAGAAUAAGCAUAAGAAACUAUAGAAUAAAAUUAAGUUAAUAUUUAAAAUCUUUAAGUUAAAUCAUAAAUACUUCAAAAAGAGAAUUCAAUAUUAAAAGAGAAGAUAUAGGAAUUUGAAAUUAAUAACAAAAAUAUAUGUGAAACCUUAGAAACUUAAAAAAAUUUCACUUAAAAUUAAGGAAUUACAAUUUAAAAUUUAAAAUCCUAACUCGAAUAAGAGUAAGAAAAUAACAUAAAAUUAAAUACUUAAAAUAGAAAACUUGAAUAAGAAAUAGAUUGGAAAGAACAAUAAUUGGAUGAAUAUGUUUAAUCUACAGAGGAUCUGAAGCUUAAAAUUUAGUUUUUGGAAUAAAAGCUAAUUGAAUAACUUUAGGAAUAAAAAAUGAUAAAAUUUUUAAAUCAAAGUCAAGCCUAAAGUCUUACUUAAUUAAAUGAAAUUGUUGAUAAUUUAAGAGAAAGCGAAAAAUAAAAUUCAUAAAGAUUUAAUGAAAUCUAAAAUUAAAAAUAAAAAUAACAAAAUAUAAUAGAAGAAAAAGAUCAAUAAUUACAAAAUUUACAAUUAGAAAAUAAAAAAUUAAAUGAGGCAUUAUUGGCUGAAAAAAGUUAAAAUUAGACUUAAUCUGAUUAAAUUUAAUCAUUAUAAAAUGAAUUAGUUUAAAAAAUUAAUGAAAAUACUUUAGAAAAUGAAAAGUAAUUACAAUUAAAUAUUUAAUAAUAAAACAAUAAAAUUUAGUAAUAUGAAGUUUAAAUAUCAAAACAUAAGUAAUUGAUUGAGAAUUUAAAUAUCAAUUUAUCUGAGUCAGAGAAGUAAAAAUAAUCAGAUAAAAAUCAAAUCAAUUAAUUGAAUUUGAAUGUCUAGGAAUUAUAACGAAAUUUACAAAUGUAAAAAGCUUAGAUUGAAGAGGCUUAUUUAUAAAAUAAUGAAAAAGAUUAAAAAAUAUAAUAAUUGUUGAUUAAGAAUGAAGAACAAAAAUCUUAAAUAGAAAAUUUAAAUUUACAAUUUUAGAAUGAAUAGUAAAAGUAUGAUGGAAAUUAAAAACUACAUAUUUAGGAAUAAUAACAUUAGAUGCUAAUAGCCCAACUUAAAUAAGAUAACCAAUAUAAAAUUUCAGAAAUCAAUUAGUUGAAAAAUUAAAUUAUUUAAUUAGAAUAUAAUUAUCAUAAUAUAUAAUCACAUGAUUAGACUUUACAGGAAGAGUUUAAUAAUUAGAUAGAAGAAAACGCCUAAAAUUAAUUUGAAUUAAAAAAUAGAUUGAUUUAAACUUAAUCACUUAUUGAAGAAGUAGACAUGCUAAAAUAAUAAAUUCUAUUAAAUUAAGAAGAUAAUCUAAAAUUGCAAAAUCAAUUGAAAGAAGCAAAUUUAGCAGAAUCAAAUAAAAGAGUAAUAAUUAGUUAAUUAGAGUAAAAACAUAAUCAAAAAAUUUAGGAAUUAAAUAAUGAAAACUAAGAGGCAUAAAAUUUAGUUGAGAUUCUAUAAAAGUAAAUAGUUUAACUUUAAGAUGAAAAAGAAUAGGUUGAAGAGGAAUUAAGCGAAAAGAAUCAAUAACUUGAUAAUUAUUAUAACGAUGUUGAAACUUAAAAGAAUGACUUCUAAUCAAAAUUAUAAUCUUUAGAGCAAAAUUAAAAUGUUUAUGAAUUAUAAAAAUAAUAAAAUAAAGAUAAAAUAAAAGGAUAUUAGGAUGCCCUUGAAAAGUUAAAACAAGAAAAUAUGUAAUUAUAAAGCAAUUUAAUACAAUUGAGUUCAGCACUAUAAAAUAAUAGUGAUGAACAAAAAAAAAAGGAUUUGCUAAUAGCAGAAAAAGAGAUAAAAUUAACGGCUUAGGAAGAAGAAAUAAAAGAAUAAUAAGAAAAAAUUAUUUAAUUGAAUGAUAAAAUGAAAUUAUGUGUAGAAUUACAAAACUAAAUAUAGUAGGCUAAAUAAAAAUUAGAUGAAAAUCAAUAAAAAUUGCAGGAAUUUGAAAAUACUAUUGAUUAAUUAACUUAAAGAAUAUAGAGUUAAGAAUUAGAAUUUUAAGAAAUUUAAAAAAAAAAAGUAGAACUGGACGAUCGUUUGUUUGUUUCUUAAUCAGAAAAGAAUAGACUUAUUUCUUUGGUUGAGAAUAAUAAAGAAGAGAUAAUAUAAAGAAAUUAAAAUGAAUAAUUAAUGUAAGAAGAAUUAAAAUAAUUGUAAUAAUAAUAAUUUAAAUUGAAAGAAGAGAAAAUUUUAUUGGAAUCAGAUAUAAUUUCCAAAAAUACUUAACUUAAUCUUUAAGAAAUGUAAAUUUCGUAAUUAAAUGAAGACAGAGACUUAUUGAAAAAUUAGUUAAAUGAGGGAAAAGAUAUAAUAAAGGAUUUGAAAUAAAAAUUAGAAUAACAGCAAUAAAGACAAUAGAAAUUUGAAAGCUUUGUAAAAGAUGAAGAAUUUAAAUACUUAUAAAAAAUAGAAAAUCUAGAGACUGAAUUAUCCUCAUAGUAAGUAAAUUCAAAGUUAAGAAUAGAAAAUGUAAAAAAAAAAUUAAGUUUUAUAAAACUAGAGUUUAUUAAAUACAAAAGAUAAUAGCAAGUCUCAUUUAAAUUUAUUUAAACAUAGUUUGUAAAUUUUAAUGACACCUAUAAAGCAAUAUUAAUAAAAAAGAUAAAAAAGUUAUUUCUAAUAAAAAAUUAGUUAGCUGAGCUUAAAUUAGAGCAUUAAAAGCUUGAUGAUACAAUAAACGGAUAAGUAAAGAUGGGUCCAUAAAUCUAAAAAUUUCUGAAUUAAUAAUAAUAAUCUUUAGAUGCCUUAGUGAAAGGUUUUAAAGAUAAAAUUUAAGAACUAACAUCUUAGUAAGAAAAUAUGCUUCUUACAGAUGAAAGUAGAAAACAAGAAAUUCAAUCUUUAUCAUAAGAUAAAAAUGAAGUAAAAAAUCAAUUAUAAGAUACUAAUUAAAAAUUAUAAUCAUAAUAAUAAGUAAAUUAAGAAUUAAAAGAAGAAAUAUAAAGAUUAGAAAGUUAAAAUUUAUUAUAUUAAGGUCAAAUAUAAGAAAAAAAUAGUGCAAUAGAUUAAUCAAAUGAAAAAUGUAAGUUAAUACCAAUACUAAAGAAUGAGAUCUAAUAGUUAGAAUAAUAGAAACAGAAAUAGUAAACUAUGAUUAAUGAAAUACAGGCAAGCUUUUAAGUCACAAUAGAUCAUUAACAAGAGUAAAUUCAAUCACUUAAAGAAUAAAAUAGAAAUUUAUUAUCUGGUUAAGAAAUUAAAACUUAAGAUAUAUAUUUAAAGUUGUAAAAGCAUGAAUAGUAAUUAAUUAAAGAGAAAUAAUUUAGUUAAUAAAUACUAGAUAAGCUUUCGUCAAAAGAUGAAGAAAUAUAAUAACUUUAAUUAUCACAGAGAAGAAAUCAAUAAGAAAUAGAUAAUUUAAAUAAUAACAUUGAGGAUCUUAAUGAUAAAAAUGAAAAUCUUAAAGAUUAAGCUUAAAGAUUUUAAGUUUAUUGUUCUGAAAAAGAAGAGUCCAUUAGAAAUUUGAAAGAGAAUGUCUAUAAUUAAAAUUUAUUAUUAGAAGAAAAAGGAAAAAAAAUAAACUAAAUUCAAAAUGAUAAUGAAAUUUUGAGGAAAAAAUUAAAGGAUUGUGAAGAAACAAUGAUGAAAAAAGAUAUAAAAUUUUAAAAAUAAAAUAAUAAAAUGGAAUCAAUGCAGAAAAUUAUUAAAGAUUACCCAAUAAUUAGUAGAGAAAUUGGAGAUACGAUUAAAAAUACAAAAGAUUUUUGUAUUGAAUAAUUAAAGAAACUUUAAAAAAAAAUUUAGAAUUUGUAAGAGAAAAUUGAAGAAAAAGAAUCAGUUAAUGAACAAGAAAUAUAAAGGUUAAAAAGAUAAUUACUAUUAUAAUAAUAAUAAUAUGAUGAAAUGUUUUCAUAAACUUUGACAAUUAAUAAUGAUAAUCCUGAUCUGAUGGCUCAUUUUAAAGUUUUAUUUAAUAAUGCAACAUAAGAAAGGGAUUAAUUAUAGUAAGAACUAAAAUAGAAAAAUGAAUAAUUUGAGAAAGCUUCUCUUGAAAAUCAAAAUCUACUAUUAUAAAUUAAAAAUUUAAAGUAAUUGUAAGAAUAAAAAUUUAAUGAAAGUGGUAUAAGUCUUGACCUAAGUUCAAUAGAUAACUAAGAGAUAAGAAAAUUUGAGCAUAGCUCCAUUAAUAAUGCUACAAUAAUAGAUCCUACUGUAUAAAGUGGACAUACAAAAAGUAGUUUAUAAAUAAAAGAUUUUUAAAAUUAACUAGCAUAAUAAUUAUAAUAAUAAAAUGAAAAUAAUAAUACAAAAUUUUAUGAUUUAUAAUAAGAAAUAGAAUAUCAUAAAAUGGAAAUAGAGAAGUACAAAAACAAUUUAAUUGAUUAUUAGGAAGAAGAAAAAAAAAUGGUUAAAAUGAUAUCUGAUUUAAAAAGGGAAAAUUAUAGACUAUAAUAAAUAAUAGAUUAAACAGAUACAAAAUCUUUAAAAUUACAAAUAAAAUAAUUACUUUAAUCUUUUCUUACUUCACUAUAAAAUUAGUAAAUAUUAUUUUAAAUUUUUAAGGGCUUAGGAAACGGAAGGUUACUUUAAAAUUAUAGCUAACAUGCUUGAACUUACAGAUUAAGAAAGAUAAAAACUCUAAGCUAUAGUAAACUAAAUGAAUCAAAAGAAAAAAGGAGGACUAUUUAGAUGA